AUGAGUCAGCGCAAAAAACCACCAAAAAUUGGUAGUGUCAUUACAUUCAAAUAUCAAGAAUUAUCUAAUAAUGGACACCCACGAUUUCCUGUGUAUCUUCGUCCACGAACUGACCUCACAUGGGCAGAUGUAUUAGAAUCAGCCAAAACUAAAACACCAAAAACUAGCAUACAAAAAGUGAUUCCAUCCACAAAACUAUCGAAACAACAUUCUGUGUUGUUCUCUGUGAUACCAUCACGCGAUACAGCUGGUAAAAAGAUUGUUACUUCCGAUGAUGAAGAUGAAGAUGAAAAAUCAGGAAAAUCAAAAUCACCACCAUCAACGUCGGCUACAACAACAUCAGCAGAUACAAGAAAACCAUGUCAAUAUGGAGCAAAAUGUUACAGAACCAAUCCUGAUCAUUUUAAGCAAUUUCAACAUCCACCAAAAACCUCAACUGCAGCAAGUGGAUCAGAUGUGGUAAAAAAAGAAUCACCAUCAUCCACAAAAGCAGCCGCAUCAAAUGGUGAAAACAAGCCAAAACAAGUGUGUGCAUUUGGAGCUCAAUGUUUUCGAAAAAGUGCUGUUCAUUUAGCUAUGUAUUCUCAUCCAGCAAAAAACGCGUCAGAAGAUGAAGUGGAUCGUGCUGCACAAGAGGAAAUAAUCGAUACAAAAGAGUUGAUUGAACCGGAAGAACCACAAUCACCCACAGAUGACACCAAUGGUUUUUUUGUCAAAGAUAAAAAUAAAGGUAUUGUGUUUGAUGAUGACGCAGAAGACGAGGAUAUGGAGGAUACAACAACAAUGGUUACAAGGUCAAAAAAAGAAUGGGACACAUUACAAAAGACAGUUCGUGAGCAAGACGAACGUUUAGUGAAACUUCAAAACACAUUAAAAUCAAUGGAUACUAAAACAGCAGUAAAACGUCCAAGUCCAUGUCGAGAUGUUGAUGAUGACACAGAAGCGAAGAAGUCUAAGAAAGUAUGA